AUGAUCCUACGCAGGGCGGAGUGGCAUCGGAGACGGGGGCGAGAGAGAGCCAGAAAGCGAGCGGCCUUCUUCACCAAUCCCUUCGGCUUUACAAAACAGGUGCUCGGGGACAAACGCAGCGGUCGACUUGAGUGCUCAAUAGAGGAAGUGAAUCGCUUCAUUGAGGACACAGUGAGCGAUCCACUGAGAGAGCAGGAACUGGAGCCCAACAAAGCUCUUAUCAGCCCCGCCACCCCAGAAAGAGAGUUCAAUUUGAGGGGGCCAAGCCUGAAGGAGGUCAAGGAGAUCAUUCAGGCAUCUCGCUCAGCAUCUACUCCAGGCCCUAGUGGCAUACCUUACUUGGUCUAUAAGCGCUGCCCAGGGCUUCUCCGGCAUCUGUGGAAGAUCUUGAAGGUGAUUUGGCAACGAGGAAGAGUUGCUGAGCAGUGGAGGUGUGCCGAGGGAGUGUGGAUCCCUAAAGAGUAAAACUCGAAAAACAUCAACCAGUUUCGAACCAUCUCUCUAUUGAGUGUUGAAGGGAAAGUGUUUUUUAGCAUCGUCUCACGAAGACUGACAGAGUUCCUCCUCAAGAACAAUUAUAUCGAUCCUUCAGUGCUGAAGGGGGGGAUUCCUGGAGCGCCUGGCUGCUUAGAACAUACUGGACUAGUUACACAACUCAUCAGAGAGGCCCAUGAGAACAAAGGGGACUUAGUUGUCUUGUGGUUGGACCUGGCAAAUGCCUAUGGGUCCAUAUCGCACAAGCUGGUCGAGCUCGCUCUACACCGCCAUCAUGUUCCUAGUAAGAUUAAGGACCUAAUUCUGGAUUACUACAAUAAUUUCAGGAUGCGGGUCAUAUCUGGGUCAGAAACAUCAAACUGGCAUUGCAUUGGGAAAGGAAUAAUAACAGGCUGCACCAUCUCAGUUAUUAUUUUCGCUCUUGCCAUGAACAUGGUGGUCAAGUCAGCCGAAGUGGAAUGCAGAGGGCCUUUAACCAAGUCAGGUGUGCGACAGCCCCCUAUUAGAGCGUAUAUGGAUGACCUUACCAUCACAACAACAACGGUCCCAGGGAGCAGGUGGAUCCUACAAGGACUUGAGAGACUCAUUGCCUGGGCUAGGAUGAGUUUUAAGCCCUCCAAGUCUAGGUCCAUGGUGCUAAAGAAGGGGAAAGUGGUUGACAAGUUCCAUUUUAUCAUCUCAGGAAGUGUCAUCCCAACCAUCACGGAGCAACCUGUCAAGAGUUUGGGCAAGCUCUUCGACUCCAGCCUAAAAGACUCUGCAGCCAUCCAGAAGUCCAAAAAUGAACUUGGAGCUUGGCUCACGAAGGUUGACAAAUCUGGCCUGCCUGGUAGGUUUAAAGCCUGGAUCUAUCAGCACUCAAUUCUGCCCCGAGUUUUGUGGCCUCUGUUGAUCUAUGCAGUCCCAAUGUCAACAGUUGAGUCCCUAGAACGGAAGAUAAGUGGCUUUCUUCGAAAAUGGUUGGGCCUUCCACGCAGCCUUACCAGUGUUGCACUGUACGGGACGAGUAACACCUUGCAGCUGCCAUUAAGUGGCCUCACGGAAGAAUUCAUGGUUGUACGCACCAGAGAAACCCUACAGUAUAGGGACUCUAGAGACUGCAAGGUGUCAUCAACCUGCAUUGAGGUUAGGACAGGCAGGAAAUGGAAUGCUGGGAAAGCAGUGGAGGUGGCAGAGUCACGCCUGAGACAAAAGGCUCUAGUGGGCACUGUGGCGACAGGCAGAGUGGGCUUGGGCUAUUUUCCACAGACCUUAGUUAGCCAGGUCCACGGCAAGGAAAGACACCACCUACUCCAGGAAGAGGUUCGAGCAAGUGUGGAGGAAGAGAGAGUCAGCAGGGCGGUAGGACUCCAGCAGCAGGGAGCAUGGACUAGGUGGGAGAAUACACUGCAACGUAGGAUCACCUGGGCGAACAUCUUGCAGGCAGAUUUCCAGCGAGUCCGUUUCCUGGUACAAGCUGUCUACGAUGUACUGCCAAGUCCAUCAAACCUCCAUGUGUGGGGAAAGAAUGAGACGCCUUCCUGCCUUCUUUGCUCUGGAAGAGGCUCUUUAGAACACCUCCUUAGCAGCUGCCCCAAGGCUCUGGCUGAUGGUCGUUAUCGGUGGCGCCAUGACCAGGUGCUUAAGGCAAUUGCUAAGAGCUUAGCCUCAGCCAUCAGCACCAGCAAGAAUCAUCAUGCUCCAAAGAAGGCAGUUCACUUCAUUAAAGCUGGAGAAAAACCCCGGGCCCUCCCACAAUUAACAACAGGCCUCCUUCACAAAGCCUCGGACUGGCAGCUGGAGGUCGAUCUGGGAAAACAGCUGAGGUUUCCUCAUCACAUCGCAAAAACGCGUCUCCGCCCAGACAUUACAAUCAUCUCAGAAGCUUCGAGACAGCUAAUUAUUCUGGAGCUGACAGUGCCUUGGGAAGAGCGCAUUGAGGAAGCAAAUGAGAGGAAGCGCGCUAAGUACCAGGAAUUAGUGGAGGAGUGCAGGGAGAGAGGCUGGAGAACUUUCUAUGAGCCCAUAGAAAAAGGAUAUAGAGGCUUUGCAGGGCGUUCACUUUGCAAAGUCCUCAGUCGCUUGGGCAUUACAGGGGUGACAAAGAAAAGGGCCAUUCGAUCUGCAAGUGAAGCCGCAGAGAAGGCCACAAGGUGGCUGUGGAUUAAGAGGGCAGAUCCGUGGUCUGCUACUGGGACACAAGUCGGGACUUGA